AUGUCUCAUCAAGACUCAACCAGCAGCACAGCAACUGCGUCUGCUACCGACCCCAGAUCAACCCCAUCUGCCGCCAUAUCAUCAGAUUCGCCAUCCGCUUUCGAUGCCGCAGCCAACAAGACGCGCCGCUCCCAUCGCAAGUCGCGCAACGGAUGCGCCGAAUGCAAGCGUCGCCACAUCCGCUGCGAUGAGCACCGCCCGGUUUGCUCCAACUGCGUGAGCGCUGACCGCGCAUGCGUCUUUCCGCGCGCCCCGGCUACCGGCACCCCAGCGCCAACACCCAACGGCGGCGUCUCCAAGCCCGCAACGUCGACAACGAAUGGCUCUCGUCGUCGCCAUCAUGUUGCUGCUGCUGCUGAUGCUGCCGCCACACCGCCUCAUCAACUUCCCAGCCCCUGCGCCGCUGCCAACACGCCCUCGCCUCGCCCUGGCAUGCCCUGGGAGGAAUUGUCUGGUCCUUUGCCGCGGCCCAACCCAUCCACAGCCUCGUACAAUGUCCGCCGUAGCAACUAUGUCUAUAACCCGAGUACGACCAGCAGCAUGGACACAACCACCGCCGCCGCUGCGCCGCCCACGCCGCACGCCAGUCUUGACCCUGACCUGUCUGCCUCGGCGUCCAUCUACACGCCCUUUCACCUACAGCUAUUUCAUCAUAUCAACACGGUGAUGCUGCCGGAUCCGGGAGUCAAUACCAGCAACCAUCUGAAGCAGUUUGUCGACAUUGCCAUGCGGCACGCCGUCGAUGCGCCGUACCUGAUCAACGAGUUGCUCGCCAUUGCUGCCAUGCACAUGGCGACUCAAAAGGAGCAGCAGCUGUUUCAGCAGCAACAGCAGCAGCAGCAGCAGCAGCAGAAUCAAAACCAGAAUCCCGACGGCGGUGGUGGCAGCAGUAGCUCCACCAACACUCCCGCCUCGACAUCCGCUCCCUCGCACGCCGUGCUGCCUCCUCUUCUCCCACCGCAUGGCUCCCCUUCAUCAACAUCCUCGCCAGCCUCCCUGCCCUCCAUCACCACGCCCUCCUCCUCCAGCUUCCCAACCAACCCCUUCAUCACCAAUCUACGUCAUCAAGCCACCGAACUGCAAACCCGCGCCGUCGCCAACUUCACCCGCCUUACCGCACACUUGCCCCCGGACGACACGGCUUCCUGCAUCCCACGCUUCCUCUUCUCCUCGACGCUCUCCAUGCACUCGCUCGCCGAUUCACUCGCCGAGCUGCGCGCCGCCAACUCCGACUUUCAUGGCUUCAUCGACCGCUUUGUCGAUUGCUUCAACCUCUACCGCGGCAUCCGCGCCGUCAUCUACCCCACCUGGCAGUUCCUCUCCGACUCCGAGCUCCGUCCCUUGCUCGAAGUCACCCGCGAGGCCAACCUCGGCAUCGUCGAGCGCGGCCACGAGUGCGCGCCCCUACACGACCUCCUGCGCCACUCCGACCUCGCUCCCGCCAGCCUGGAAGCCUGUCGCGUCGCCGUCGACAAGCUUCAGUGGGCCUUUGACCUUCACAACAACCUCCCCCCGGGCAGCGGUCAGCAUGCCGUCUCGGCCUUUUCUGUCAUUGUCUCGGCCGAAUACGUCGAUGUUCUCCGCAAGCACAGGCCCGAGGCCCUCAUCAUCCUUUCCUACUUUGCCGUCCUGCUCCAUCGCUGCCGCCACUUUUGGAUAUUUCAGAACUCGGGCGCCUGCAUGAUCAGGGCCAUUGCCAACCACAUUGGCUCCUACUGGCGUGAUGCCAUGGCUUGGCCGCUGCAAGUUGUUGAAACAGAAGACUGCUAG